UCUUGUUAGAAUCAAGGAAAUGAAACUAACUUGCUGGCAUUUUCAACAGGACAGAGUCUGUACUCUUCUCUGACAAGACUGCAGACUCCUGAGACUAUGUAUGGUGCAGCAGGAAGGGGUAAAGGCAGUAAGCACAGGGCAGCUGCCUUUAAUGCCAACUCCUUCUCUAGGGGUUAUCAAGAGUGGGAGAAUGACAAGGAAACAGAGGGAGCUGAAGAUACCCAGAGCCAGUUAACUUCUGCAGAAGAACUGCGGGGCCAAAUGUCAUGCAGCCAAAAGCAACAGGAACAAUACUGCAAUGCAUAUGUCUUUGUACCACCAAAUGAAACUAGAAGAAAUAAGUUACAGAGAAUUGCUAAGAAAGAACUGGAAGAUCUGGAGAGGUGGAAGGAACAGCACAGGUCAGGACCAAUUAAUUUGACACCACAGAGAUUGGGUGGAAGAAUAUCGGAGGCUGAAGUAAGACAAAAACAACAAAUCAACCUCAUGCAAUCUAAAUAUCAGCAAAAGCUUAAGAGAGAAGAAUAUGCACGAAUCAAGAGAGAAGCUGAAGAAGCUGAAAUCCAGAAAAAGAAAGCAAUUCAAAGAGAAAAGACUGAGAAACUGGAAGAAAAAAGAAGGCAAGAAGAACAACAAAGAAGAGAAAUGUUUUAUGAAGAUCGGAGUCUCAAAACCAAUGAAUUAUUGAACAGAUUGGACUUAGGGUUGCCAGAGAGAAACUCCUGUCAAAUUGCUAAUCGUGGCCCAGAAUCUACAGCCUGGGAGAGAAGCCACAGCUAUAGGGAAACCCAAAAGGAAAUUGAAAAUAGAAGAUUACAACAAAUGAAGGAAGAACAACGGUGCAAGAGUGAAUUACUGGAAGUCAAACGAAAGCAGGAAGAGGAAAAAAGAACAAAAGUGCAUCAAAACGAACAUAGAAGGGUAAAUAAUGCUUUUCUGGACCGACUGCAAAACCAAAAUCAAGUGCAUGGCACCUACCAAUCUGGAUAUUUUGGGAGCGUGGAUCAUUUUGGUGGUGACAGCUGGGAGUCCAGAUAUUUCGAGUAAAAAAUUAAUUGUUUGAAAAAGGGGUUGCAGAAAUGUGUGCUGCUUCUGUCUGACUUUGGCUAAUUGGCUUUGCUGGAAUGUUUUCUUUUAUAAUUCUGAUUUCACCCUGACUUCAGCUUCACACCCACUUCAGUGAGCAAUCUGCAGUGACCAAUUUCUCAUUGUCAUAUUCAUGCAUAUUUGAAGCAGUUGAUUUUGAAAGCCAUAUUUAAUUUUUAAUGAUGGCAAAAUGUAUCAUUAUUUUUUUCAUAAUUUGUUUUGUCUUUUGUGGGAUGUGAUUAUACUGGUCAGGGGGAUCUUACAAAGGAAGAAAUGUUAGCAGAUUCUGUGGCUCUGAGAGCUGCAGGAAUAAUCCAUCGCUGUAUUCUACUAUAUAGUUAACCAAGAAUCUGACAUCUUGCAUCUUGGGAGGUUUCUGUAAAUUUUUACUUGGUGUUUAGCAGCUGAGAUUCAGGGAUCAGAUGUAGUACACACAGUACACACACACUAUUUUGUGUGCAUAUAUUGUAAAUAUCACUUUUACUUUUCAAGGAUUUUUAAACAGGUAAAAAGUAUAAAUAAAAUUUUGACUGAUAA